GAUGACGAACUUCAAAACGAGCGUACACUAGACAAAAUACUUAUAAAAACGAGAGAAAUUUUUUUUAAAAAUAAGAAACGGUUACCAAAAAAAAAAAACGCAAAAUAUUUAACGAGCACCUGCCAUCUUAACUACCACUACCUUAAGACGUGAUUGUGUUGAUCGUAACGUUCAAACGUCCGCACCACAAUCACCUCAACCAACUCAACAACAACAACAACAACCCCCACCUCAAUACUCUGCCUCAUCGAAUCCUAUAAAUAAUUUCUCCGAGUGUUCACAACAUUCCGGUGCCACUGUAAGUGGCCACAGGGAGCAUAGAAUGAUGUCGCCAAAACGUUGGAUUUUAUUGUUAAUUUUCUAUAUAUCCUAUUUAAUGUUUGGUGCUAGUAUUUACUAUCACAUCGAACAUCGUCUGGAGGCUGAACAAAUACAAGAAGAUCAAAAGGAUCGUGCGAGAAUUCAUUCUUAUUUAAUCGAUCAACUCGAAGACAAAAACGUCACAACACAAAAUGAAAUUUUGGAACGUAUUACCGAUUAUUGUGGUAAACCGGUAACGGCACAUACCGCAGAUGAAGGUGAACCCUAUUUUAAAUGGACCUUUUAUCACGCCUUCUUCUUUGCCUUUACCGUCUGUUCCACGGUGGGUUAUGGUAAUAUCGCACCCACCACCACCUUAGGACGCAUGAUAAUGAUAGUAUAUUCUGUGAUAGGUAUACCAGUCAAUGGUAUAUUAUUCGCCGGUUUAGGUGAAUAUUUUGGCAAUACGUUUCAAUCUAUUUAUCGUCGUUAUAAAAAGUACAAAAUGUCAAAUGACAAACAUUAUGUGCCGCCGCAAUUAAGUUUAAUCUCUACUAUAUUAAUAGCUCUAGUACCGGGAAUUGCUCUAUUCUUGUUAAUACCCUCCUGGGUGUUUUCCUAUUUUGAGGGUUGGUCGUAUGCGUUGGCAUUUUAUUAUUCAUAUGUUACCACCACAACCAUAGGUUUUGGUGAUUAUGUACCCACCUUUCAGCCACAACAGCCUAAGGAGUUUGGCGGUUGGUUUGUGGUUUAUCAGAUAUUUGUUAUAGUCUGGUUUAUAUUCUCAUUGGGUUAUCUAUUGAUGAUAAUGACAUUCAUAACAAGAGGUUUACAAAGUAAAAAAUUAUCCCAGCUAGAACAGCAAUUAUCAUCGAAUAUUAAAGCUACACAAAAUCGUAUUUGGAGUGGAGUUACCAAAGAUGUGGGCUAUCUGAGACGUAUACUGAAUGAGUUAUAUAUAAUGAAAUUUAAGCCCGUCUAUACCGAUGAAGAAGAGUUUGCCCAAACUCUGCAUCGUUCCAAUUCUUGCCCCGAACUCACCAUGUAUCGUGUGGAUCCUGUACCCAUACCCAGACGCAAGCGAGCCUUCUCCGAGUGUUACGAUGUCGUGGAGGCUCGAGCCGAAGCUGCAAACUUUAUGGUACAUGCUUCUUCCGAUACCGAACUUAAUCGCAUCGAUCGUGAAAAAUCAUUUGAAACUGCCGAAGCCUUUAGACAAACUACCGGUUUAUUGGCUAAAGUGGUGGGUGCUUUAGCGGCCGUCAAGCCGCCCGUAGAAGAUGAGGAUACCACUUUGGGUGCUAGCAGUAUGUAUGGUGGUUAUCAUGGCUUUAGUGAUUCUCAGAUAUUGGCCAGUGAAUGGUCAUUCCCGGCUAAUGAGGUGCCUCGUCCUAGAGGACGCGCUUGUUCCGACUUUAAUCUCAAUCCCAAGCCCAGGGUAAGACGUACCACCGUGGCGGGCCACAAUGAAUGGACUUGGAGUGGUGACAAUGAUCAAAUACAAGAGGCUAUUAAUGUUAGAAGUCGUCAAAUGGAUCGUGAUCGUGAAAAUCUUUAUCGCAGCAGUUUCGGUUUACCCACCUUGGACUAUCGUGUGGAUAUGGAUGAGGCGGAGGAAGUUGAGCGUAAACCCAGUAGAGUUAAGAAAUUCUCUAUGCCAGAUGGUUUCCGCAAAUUGUUGCCAUUUAAGAAAAGGUCAUCGCAAGCAGAAUUUUCCGGAGCAGAUAUUGAAAAGGCUAAUGGACGUAAAUUCUCAGUGGUUAGUGUACCAGAGUUUAUGCAACGUCAAACACCACCUUUGGAUUAUUAUAGUACAGUAACUGCCAAUGCCAGUCCCACCUUCUUCCGUAAUGGUCAACCUGUUGCUGUUUCCCAGUUGCAUCCCUCACAGGGCAGUCUUAAUAAGCAAUCCAAUGGUCAUUUGCCAGAAUCCAAUGUUGUCUCCAAUACUUCUUAUCAAAGAAAUGUUCCAGUGGGAGCAGCACGCAGACGUCGUGAUUCGAUCUUCGCCCAAAAUCCCGCUUUAGCUCAACGCAAAAACAGUCUAUUUCCACCCUCAGCUGCAGUGCUCAACCAAAGAAGAGGCAGCCUAUUUAACACGGAACGUAGAGGCAGUACAGCCUCGGCCAUGGUACUGCCACCACAACGUAGAGGCAGCCUUUUCCCCGUUGCCGCCAAUGCCCAUAGAAGACCCAGUAUUUUAUCUAAUACCUCCCAUGAGGAUAUGGAUGUUUUGGAAAAUACCACUUUGGCUGAUUUAAUAAGAGCCUUGGAAGUGGUUCACACCCAAGCGGUAUUAGAUGAGGCCACAGAAGCUUCCAAUCAGGCCACUCAAUCCAGCGGUGGCCUAUCGGGCAUAUUUAAGAAGAAACGUAAAGCCAGCACUAGUGCCAAUGAUCCGCUACCUUUGCCCCCCAUACUCUCGUUGUUUGGCAAUGAUAGUGCCACUCUUAAGGCGGCAGCUGCCAAUCGUUUAUAUGCCCGCAGAUCCACAAUAGUGGGUACAUUGCCUCAGACUAGCCAGCAGCUAAAUCAAUCUUCCAUAACCAGUAAUAAUAGCAAUAAUAUAUUGACCAGAAGACGUUUAUCUACAGUACAAAUACAAGAGCCACCACCCAGUUACAGUGAGCAGGCUACUCCAGCCCAAACUUCAGCACAGAGUAAAUUUAAACGACGUUUUAGUGUUAGGCCCACCGCCUUGCAAAUUCCCCCCGGCAAGGCACCUCCGCCGGGAGUAAACAUUAAUACGGCAACAGAUACAAUAGAAAACAAGCCAUCCGGCUUAACAGUGCCUUCACAAACCGUACUGCAAAGACGUUUAUCAUUAAGGCCCUCACCCUUGGCCACCUCCCCGGAUGGAGCACCAAUAAGUCCACCCACAAACACAUCUUCAGCAUCCAGCUCCUCACGUUUGUUGCCCUUGCCAGCAAGGCCUUCAAACACUAGCACUCAUUCGCCACUCUCACGCAUAGUGCAAAUAUCACAAGCUCAACGUAAUUCAAGCAUGCCGGAUGGUUUUAAUCCACGUAAAACGGAUAAAUGAUUCCAUCAUUAUACAUUUUUUUCUUUUUAUUUCUAGUUUACCAAAUGACACACUAGUUUUAUUUAAAUAAUUUUCUCUCACUCUUUCUCUCUCUCUCUCUUUCUGUAUCAGUAUCACUAGGCCAACCAUUCACUGUGAAUGUUUUAAUUAAAUUUAUAGUAUUUUGACAGUCACUGUCGUUAUGUUAGUUAUGUUAGUUUUAAGUAUAAUUUUUGUUUCCUGAAAAUUGCCAAAUAUAUAUUUUUUAAGAUAAACAAGACAAUAUUUAGUUUGUAGUUUAUGUUUAGUUUAGUUAAUAUUAUACACAAAUAUUACAUUGAAUUGUAAUAACAAACGAGCAAAUAUGAACAAAUUUUUAAAAAAAGAAAAAUAAAUAAAUAUUUGAAAAAUUAU